GUUUAGCGGAAAUAAAAGGUUUAAAAUUAUAAGUGAAUAAUUAAAUACAAAUAAUUAUCUUAAACAAUUAAUUGUACAUAAUAUAAAAUUAACUGAAAAAAAUCAUAAACAUUUUUUUGCAAAAAAACGAUAUAUUUUUAUUUUAAAUAAAAAAUGUUACUUCUGCAAGUUCCGUACAAUCAUCUGCAGCAUAUGCGCCACAAACCAAUGUGGACAUUUCUAUUUCUUCUAAUAAUUGUUGUUGUAUUCUUUGAUAAGACAUCGGCUAAUGCUGAAACUGAACAACCCCAAACUACUACCCCUGAACCAGAUGCAUCUCCGGGAUGCAAAGCUCCGGAUAUACGAUUCACCGUGAUUAAACCCGAGACAACCACCCAACAGCCUUAUGCUAAAUUUGAAACAACGCAAGUUUAUCCUCCAGACGAUUUAACAACCGGAGAUGUGGAAUAUGUUGAAAAGAUCAAUAUUGAUCUGACAGGACGUCAUAACGGCAAUCAAAUGGGCGGCAUUGUGAAUCCCUAUCAGGUCAAUAUCAAUGAUCAUCGUGCAGGCUACCAUGCUAAUGAUAUGGCUGCAGGUGAUGAACAAGACGAUGAGGACGACGAAGAUGACGACGAUGAAGAUGAAAAUGAGGAGUUCACUGAUGCUGACGGAGUAGCAAAGAAAAAAAGUAACCAAAACCGUAAAAUGAAUGACAAAAAUAGACGAUCUGGUUCGGGUAGAAGAAGGCGUAUUGAAAAUGAAAACGGCCAAACUCGUGGCAGAGGAAGUCGUUAUAAACGGCAAGUUAUACAUCACGAUCCCGAUGCAUCAGCAGACACCGACAAGUGGAGUGGUAGUAAAUUAGCCGCUGAAGGGGAUGUUUAUUACAUACAUAUUGACGAUAUUCUAAAAUCCCAGUCCCCCAACGAACAUCUAAAGCUUAAAUUGUAUAAAAUGAAGCAAAAAGUAAAGAAGCCCAAAAAGUCAAAUUGUACCGAACACCAUUGUAACAAACGUGAUCAAUCUUUGACGAAAAAGCGUACAGGACUCGAGGAAAAGCCAAAAUUUAAACAAUUUGCAAAAAAUCAUCGUAGACGUCGCGGCGAUAGCCAUGAACUAAAAGAUGUUAAAAAUUCUCAACAUCAAAGUCAGAAACCUAUACCAAAUAUUAAUCCGCGUAAAAGACGUGAUCUAGACAAUGAACCUCACGAGCGACAUCAUUACGAGAACGUUGGCAAUCAUUUGUCUGCCAAAACUAUUGAAAUGAACGAGUUCAAAGGCAAUGAAACCGUACCACCAUUGGAACAAACUACAGAGGUUGAGGAUGAUGCCCAAAUGUACUCAAAUAUGAGUCACAAUGAAGCAUUACAGCGCGUUAAGCGUAAAUCAGGCAAAACCACCGGCGCUCUUAGUCGUCCCAAGGGUGGUGGCGAAUCUAGUUCAAAGUCAACAAGUCGCAAAGAUAAAGGCAUUUUUGACGAAGAGGGCACCCAUUAUCCUGUACACACUGAUGAGGGGGAAUCAGAUGAAGAGGACGAAGAAGAAGAUGAAAUUGAUAUACAACAACAAUUUACGGAAGUUUCAGAAAUACGUUUCCCCGGAGAAAUAGGUCCAUUAGGUGACCGACGUCUAUGUAAAAUUCGAUGCAUUAAAGGCAAAUGGGUGGGCCCACUAUGUGCAACAAACGAGGAGGAUGAAAAUGGAAAUGUGAAAUUUCAACCGUUAUACAAAUCGUGCCACGUUCAAAGAAUACCGCCUUAUUUAUUGUUGAGUUAUCGAAACAUUUCAGUGAACCCCAUCACCCGUGCUCGUCGUUAUCGUACGGUUAAAUCGAAUUUAAUUUCAAAUACACAAAUUAAUGUGGGCUGGGACCUGCCUCAUGGACAUUCGCUGCAAGCUAGGUGUAAAGAUCUGGGUAUGUACAAACUGUUGGGAGAAUCGAGGGUAUUAUGUUCAAACGGAUUGUGGGCACCACGUAUGCCAUCGUGUGUACCGACAACUUUAUUGACGAAUUUUUCGGAUGACAGCGCCCCAUCCAUUAAAUAUAGAAUAAUCAAUGGUUCAGGAUCCUUUGAACCAUCAGGAAUACUGGCUGUUUUGCCAAAUAGUACCAUAUUGCUCGACUGUAUUUAUCCGCGAGCAAGAGGUAUUCCCGAUUGGAGUUGGACUAGUUGGUACAUGCAGUAUGAAACGGGAUGGUCCAAUGAGGAUAAAAAUUUUCGCUACCGCUUAACAAUUAAGUACAUGGGAAAUGGAGACUCGGGAACAUUUACUUGCACUUCACCGCGCGGACUAACGAAUAGUGUUGCUAUAAUCAUGGCCACAUCCACUUGCCCGCAGCUUCCAGAACCGGCGUUACCGCUCAGCUUACGAUUGGAAGGCGAUAAGCUUGGCCAGCGGGCAAUGUAUCGUUGCCCACCAGGCUUCCGAGUCGAUGGUAUUGCCAAUGCAACUUGUUUAGCUUCCGGUAAUUGGUCAUCGCCGCCACCAACUUGUCAAGCUGUACAAUGUCCACGUUUGAUUUUAGAUGAUCCUCACCUAAGCUUAGUCGAAUUGAAUACAUCUGCUUGGGGGCGGGCGGUGUUCAAAUGCCAGUGGGGCUUCAAAUUGACCGGUCCACCGGGUUUGGAAUGUGAUCCGACGGGCGUGUGGAGUGGUCCAGUCCCAAGAUGUAGAGCAAUUCAAUGCCCAACACCCAUUCCACCAUUAAAUGGUCGCAUAGGUGGCACUAACAUAAAUCAGCGGCGUCUUACAGUAGGCGCUUUAAUCACUUUCAGCUGCAACGAGGGCCAUACGCUAGUCGGUGAGCCUAGUAUCAUUUGCACAGAAAGUGGUUUGUGGUCACAUCCUCCACCAUUCUGUAAAUCACAAUGCCCAUAUCCUGGUGAUCCACCUAAUGGCUUAUUAGCGCCGUUGAAAUUUAACUAUGACUCUGGUGAUUACAUUAGUGUACAGUGUAGGCCCGGGUACGUGCAGUAUAGUGAAAAUGGACCACCAGAACGUCCAAAAUGUCAACCGGAUGGUAAUUGGUCUGGUCCCGUUCCCAAGUGUCGUAGUUAUGAAGAAGUGUAGCUGAUAAAAAUGGCCGAACUAAUGGAAUCUUCCGAAUUAAUCGAUCAUCGACUAUUUAUUCAACAUUCUAAGGAAUAGUUGUUUAAAUAUGUACAUCUGACUAUUCAUAUCGAUAGAUAGAUGAUGAAUUAGUUUAACUUAGUUUUAUUACUACAAUUGUAUAAAUUCCAAAAGCAAAAGUUGUUAAAUUAUAUUUACCAAAACAAAAUGAUAAUUAAGAAAUACAAACAUACAUAUUUACAAACUUAGAGUAUAUACAUACAUUCAUAUUUAUAUACAGUAUGCAUAAGAAAUAUUAAAUGUUAAAAAAAUCUAAUUUAAAAAUUCAAACUUUAAAUCAAAAAAUAUAAAUAUAGCUGUUUGUCUUUAAAGCACAAGAUAUUUAAUAUAAGUAAUAAAAUGCUACACCUCUUUCUCGUCCUAAAUACUGCACCGCCUUCUUUCUUUAAAAAUAAAUACCAUA